AUGGCGUACAUGCAACAACAAGGUGGUUACGAAAAGUACCCGCCUCAGGCUGGUGGUUACGGCGGCGGUUACGCUCAGGCUGCUCCCAUGGGCGGCUCGCCCCUUGACCAGCGCCGUGCUCGUGUGCAGGAGAAGCCUGCGGCUUCUGCGUUGGUCUGCUUGCUUGCUGGUCUCGAGGACAUCAUCUGUGCCGGCUGCUUGGAUGCCGUCUUCUAA